AAGAGAGGUGCACACGUGACAGUAUAUGAACAAGAUGCUUCACUACAUGCUCGACCUCGAGACUGGAACUUUGGUAUUUACUGGGCUCAGGUGCCUCUCCGAGAAUGCUUGCCAGAGCAUUUGGCGAACCAAGUCGAAGAUGCUCAGGUGGACGACCACAAAGCUGGUGAAGAUGAGACGAUGCCAAUAUUCAAUGGCAACACCGGCGAGCUGCUCAGAGCCCUACCCAUACCCUACAACAUCCGUCUCGCUCGAAAGAGAUUCCUCCAGCUCAUCAGUCAAGGCGUUGACAUACAAUGGAGCAAGAAGCUGAAGCACGUCUCCUCGGACGGCAAGCUGGCAACAGCAGCUUUCGAAGAUGGCACCACGGCGACAGCAAACCUUCUCAUCGGCGCGGAAGGCGCUCACUCGUACGUGAGAGACUUUCUAUGCGGACCAGAACAGGCCACCCUCGAUAUGUCCCCUCUGGUCGCAAGUGCCUGUGUGGCCAAAUUACCCAAAGAAGCAGCGUUGAAAUUCAAGGAGAAAGCACAUCGCUUGAUGGUCUUAUUUCAUCCGCUCGGCUACUUCAACUGGAUAGGAAUCCACGACGCGCACGCACCCUCCGAGCCUGGAGACUGGACGUUCAUGAUGAUCAUGUCCUGGAUCCCCUCCGACCCCAACUACACCCCUUCAUCCCUCCAAGGCAGCGCCAACAUCCUGGCAGACCUCAAACGACGAGCCGGAGACUUCAGCGACGACAUCAAGUUUCUCUGGCAGUCGAUCCCGGAAGACACGCAAUGCUGGCACAACAGAUUAUCGAGUUGGACACCGCAACCUUGGGACAAUCGAAACGGGACUGUGACGUUAGCAGGUGAUGCCGCGCAUCCUAUGACGUUCCAUCGAGGCCAGGGAUUGAAUAAUGCUAUUUUGGAUGUGGGAUUGUUGGCGAAGCAGGUUGGCGAGCACGGAAUCACUGCUGCGGCGAUAAAGGCGUAUGAGUCGGAAAUGAUUCCUAGGGCGAGAGAUGCGGUGAUUGGAAGCAAUGAAAACAGUAUGAGUGUCCACGACUGGGACAGAUUAUUGCAGUCGCCUUUGUUCACGACAGGAUUGAAACAGAAGUAG